CAAGAAGAUCCUGGAACUCAUGUCCAACAUCAUCCAGCUGCUGACUGGAGAGGUUGCCAUAAGGACUCAUCAUGUUUCCAUCUAUUUUUCCUUGGACGAGUGGGACUAUAUAAAAGGAAACAAGGACCUUCACAGACAAGAGAUAAAGGAGGAGCCCCAGCAGCUCGGCCCACAGGACUGUGAAUAUGAAGAUAAGAGAGAUAUUACAGCUGAUCUGGGAGGAACAUUAUGUUAUAAUAAUGAGCCAAGCAAGAUUGGGGCUGAAGGAGCAGAGUUCUGGGCUGAUGGAAAUCUCCCGAAGCUUGAAAUUUCGCCACCAGCCAAUGGUAUUAAAGAGGAAUCCAUUUCAUGGGAAGGAGAAAACCAAUCAGAUUGCAGCAAUAAUCCAUUUACAGAACCGAUUCAGGGAACAGAUACACCUACUCCCAACAUUGUGAUGAAUAACUAUUCUGAGAGCCAUAGUGCUGAGGCUGAACUUUUCAUGCAUCAAAAAACUGAUAUGACAGUAAAACCAUUUGUCUGUUCUGUGUGUGGAACACAAUUUGGGUGUAAUUCAGACCUUAUUGAACAUCAGAGAAGUCACACUGGGAAGAAAGCUUUCACUGGUUCUCCAUGUGGAAAAACAUUUACAGAUUGUUCAGACCUUCAAAUUCAUGAAAAAAAUCACACCGCAGAAAAACCAUUUUCUUGUUCUGAAUGUGGCAAAUGGUUUACUCAACGCUCCCGUCUUAAUGCGCAUCUCAGAGUUCACACAGGAGAGAAACCAUUUCCUUGUUCUGAAUGUGGCAAAUGUUUUUCAGAUCGUUCAGGCCUUAGAACCCAUAAAAAAUUUCACACCGGAGAAAAACCAUUUUCCUGUUCUGAAUGCAGGAAAUGUUUUACCAAUCACGCAGAUCUUAUUAUACAUCUUAGAACCCACACAGGAGAGAAACCAUUCUCCUGUUCUGAUUGUGGGAAAAGUUUCAUCCAACGCUCAGGCCUUACUGCACAUCUCAGAAUUCACACAGGAGAGAAACUAUUUUCUUGUUCUGAAUGCGAGAAAUGGUUUACCACUCGUGCAGAACUCAACAAACAUCUCAGAAUUCACACAGGAGAGAAACCAUUUUCCUGUUCUGAAUGUGGGAAAUGUUUUGCCCGUCGCCAAAACCUUACAUUACAUCUCAGGGUUCACACAGGGGAAAAACCAUACACUUGUACUGAAUGUGGGAAAUGUUUCACUAAUCGCACAGGCCUUAAUACCCAUAAAAGAAUUCAUACUGGAGAAAAACCAUUUUCCUGUUCUGAAUGUGGCAAAAGUUUCAUCCGUCGACAAGACUUUACCAAACAUUUCAGAAUUCAUACAGGAGAGAAACCAUUCACCUGUAAUGAAUGUGGGAAAUUUUUCAGCUGUACAUCAUGGCUUAAUGUCCAUCUUAGAUCUCACACAGGAGAAAAACCAUUCACCUGUUCUGAAUGUGGGAAAUUUUUCAGCUGUAUGUCACGGCUUAAGGUACAUUUUAGAGGUCAUACAGGAGAGAAACCAUUUGCUUGCACUGAAUGUGAGAAAUGUUUCAGCAGUAUCUCACAGCGUAACAUACAUAUCAGAAGUCACACAGGAGACAAAUCAUACACUUGCACUGUAUGUGGUAAAAUUUUUACCCGUAUUUCACAGUUUAACGUACAUGUCAGAAGUCACACGGGAGAGAAACCAUUCAAGUGUACUGAAUGUGGGAAAUCUUUCAUUUGUAAUUCACAGCUUACUUUGCAUCUCCGAUUUCACACCGGAGAGAAACUAAUCACUUGUUCUGAAUGUGGGAAAUGUUUCACUCAUACCUCACAUCUUAAUGUACAUUUCAGAGUUCACACUGGAGAGAAACCAUUCACUUGUACUGAAUGUGGUAAAUGUUUUACCCGUCAAUACCAGCUUACAGAACAUUCUUACUUACACAAAGGAGAGAAACCAUACACGUGUACUGAAUGCGGUAAAUGUUUUACUCGUCGAUACCAUCUUACUGAACAUUCCUACUUACACACAGGAGAGAAACCCUUCACUUGUACUGAAUGUGGGAAAGGUUUUACUCGUCGUUCCCACCUUAAAGCACAUUCCCAUACACACAAGAGAGAAACCAGUAAAUAACUGUGUAUAUACAGAGUGAUUAACAUACAAUUAUGAUGUUACCAAAUAAUAAUUCCUUUUGGAUAAUGAAUUAUUUCCCUUCAAUAAAUUGUCAACGCUU